AUGGCUGGAGGUUGGCAGGAUACAAAGGAAACAAUUCAGGAUGCUUUCUUGGAAUAUUACAGAUGCUUACUGGGCACUACAGGAGUUACAAAGCCAGUUAACAGGGAAGUGGUGAGAGCUGGUAAAAUUCUCACUCAGGAUCAACAACAUGCUCUUAUGCAACCAUAUAUUGCAGAGGAAGUGAAGUUGGCCAUGUUCUCCAUUGAGGGAAAUAAAGCUCCAGGACAAGAUGGUUUUGGUAGCUUUUAUUACAAGGAUGCAUGGAAGAUAGUUGGGAAUGAGGUAACUGGAACAGUACUAGAUUUUUUUGAACAUGGUAAGAUGCUAAAGGCCUUAAACACAACACAAAUUACUUUAAUUCCCAAAAAUGCACGCCCAAAAGACGUGAGUGAUUUUAGGCCUAUUUCUUGUUGCAACAUCCUAUACAAAUGCAUCACUAAGAUGAUUUGUAAUAGGCUUACAGUUGUUCUCCCUAGUCUGAUAGAAGAGACUCAAGGUGCCUUUGUGCAACAUAGACAAAUUGUACAUAAUAUCAUGAUUGUACAAGAUCCGGUGAAGCAUUAUAACAGGAAAAAUGCUAGUCCAAGUUGUAUCAUUAAGCUGGAUAUGCAGAAUGCUUAUGAUACAAUAAAUUGGACCUUUCUGAGGGCGAUGCUGCUAGCACUUGAUUUUCCUACUAGAUUUGUGGAGCUUGUCAAGGAGUGUGAUUUCAAGUUGUUUUCUGAGACUUCUGGGCUAAAAACAAAUGUAAAAAAAUCCGUAUUCUAUUGCUGUGGAAUGAGUAUGGAGGAUAUUAGAAGAAUUCAGAAUGUGUCUGGUAUAAAGAAGGAAGACAUGCCUUUCAGGUAUUUAGGUGUGCCUAUUCAGAGCACAAUUAGUCAAUUUUGUGCUCAUGAGUAUCCAUGGAUACUGGGCUGGAAUAUUCAUAUACUUCCCGAAAGGGUGAUUAAGGAUAUUGAAAAGGUGUGCAAGGCAUUCUUAUGGUAUGGCAAUCAUUUUAGUGCCAAAGGGGGUUACGUAUCAUGGCAGGAGAUUUGUAGUAGUAAGACAUCAGGGGAUUUAGGCUUCAGGAAUGUGAAAGCUUGGAAUGUGGUUAGCCUAGGGAAGCAUGUGUGGGAUAUAGCACAAAAGAAAGAUAAUGUGUGGGUUAGAUGGGUUCAUGCUGUAUAUGUUCAUGAUGAACAAUGGUGGGAUUACAAGCCUACAUCAGGGGGAAGUUGGUAUUGGAGGAAACUUGGUGCAGUGAAGGAACAACUUAAACAAGUCUUUAUUAGUAACAGGCAGGAGUUUCAGAGUAUGCAACAUUAUUCUAGGAAGAUGAUUUUGCAAAAAAUUACUGAACAAAAACCUCCUGUGCACUGGGAUAUGUACGUGUGGAAUGGAAUUUGCAUCAAUAGAUACAAAUUCAUUAAUUGGCUGGUUAUGAGGGGUAGAUUACACACUGCAGAGAGAAGUACGAUCUAUGAUCCAAAUGCUUACCCAUUAUGCUUAUUAUGUGGUGAUGCUGCUGAAACUCAGACACACUUACUAUUCCAAUGCUGCUAUAGCAAAUAG